AUGGACCUGGCGUGUUCUAACAUUCAGCAGUGCCAUUACCUUCUUGCCCAGGGCAAAGUGGGGGAAGCACGAGAGCGCGCAGUGUCUGCGGCACGGGAAGUGGCUCCGUUGAUUGACGCUGAGCCUCGGGCGCGCGUGUUGGCCGGUUUUGCGCUCAGUUUGGUCGAGCGCAUCGACCAAAAAAAGGGCGCCGCGCUCUCGCUUUCAGAAAGAGUCAACUGGCUCACAUCAAGCAUCCAUGGUGUUUUGUGGUUUCCAAUUCUCACUUUUGGGCUGUCCAAAUCGUCGGCAAUAAAAUCAACAGUCUUUGCACCACUUGCUGCCAAAGAGCCCGAGCUUAGAAUGCCAAAGUUGGCGCCUGAUUUCCGGGUUGCACUUCAGCAAGUGGAGCCAAAUUCGUCUCUCGACGGGCUCGCCGAUUUAUAUCAAGAUUUGCUCGGUAAUUGCUCUUUUGUUUCUUCUGUUUUGCUGGUUUCCGCAGCGGGUCUAGGGGCCCAACUUCGUGAUUUGGUGUUCGUGUACCCUGGAAAACCGGGUGUAUCGACAUCAGACCCCCAACAUCAGAGUGAAAAACUGUCUAGUGGGAUGGAGCAUUUGAUAACCCAAAUGCUGGACACGUCCUUAAAUGGUGAGAAGAAGAGCUUAGAAGAUGGGAUACAAAUGUAUCAUGAGCAUUCUCAGUCAGAUCAAAUGUCUCCCGAGAACGUGGUCACUGAAGCUUCUGCAACAAACCGGAUGUCUCUUCAUCUGCUUCGUUCCCUCAACGUGCCUUCCCAGGCUACGCAAAAUCUACCCCCUCUAAGCAGUUUGCCCGAUGCUACAGCUUCACGGUUGAAAAUCAGGCUUUACUUCAAUGGCUGUUGGCGCGAAGCAGCGCUUUCGCCUACACUCCCAUUCGUUUCGCCGCCCUAUGCGGACCGCAGUCUUAUUGUACGCUCGUCAUCCAAUGCCACACUUAUCUGGCCCGCUCUUUUGGAAAAGGCCCAUGUUCUUGUCUCUGGUUCUCACUAUGAUUUCACCGGCUCCAAUAUGGCUCACGACACAUAUAUCCUAACGCGCUGGUGGCCCGAGGUAUUUUCGGCGGGCGAUGCUCGCAAGCUCCGGCGUCUAGACCGCAAUCCACAUGUUGCGCUUGGCUUGGGCUCGGGCGAAAUGUCACCCCGUCUCGCGCGAGAACUAGGCGUUGUGCCUAACCACGAUUAUGUGGUGGAUUCGGUGGGCGAAAUGGGUGUGGACCUCAUAAACCCAUGGCAAAGUAGUGAGCGCACUUUACAUGUACCGUGGGCGCAGCUUCCCCACUUCCCUUACGUGUACGCAAACCAUCGGCCACAGUAUUCCCAUUCGGCAGCCGUCUCGUUUGUGUGUCCAGGCACUGAAUGGCCCGACUUCUACGUCGAGCGGCGCCCGCAGUACGUUGUGCGCACAAGUGCGAAAACAGUGCAUUUGGUGGUGGAACAGUUUCUCGGGCCCCAAAAUGUUCCGUUUGCAUUGUCGGUGUAUCGCGGCACAAAAGGCCGUGUAAUUUCGACGGACCAAUACGAGUGCGUUUCUGGUGGCGCCAGCACAAACGCUCGAGUGAUGUAUUAUCCUCUUUCAUUAAACCCGGGGGUGGACUAUACAAUUGUGGUUUCGACUGGAAGUGCGAAAAGCGCACAUACUUUUUCGCUCGAAGCGUUUGCAGACGCUCCUGUGGAUCUCGAGCGAGCGCGCGCUCCGCACAAAGCAUUGCCCGAAAUCAAAGGUCUGUGGGCCAUGGGCUUCAAUGGCGGCCAUUGGGCUCUCGCAUCGUAUAUCGACAAUCCACAAUAUGACAUUGAAAUCCCCACAGGAACAGAAUGUCUACUGCUAGUUUUGGUGGCAACCGAUCAUAGUGCGCUCGUGAAUGUGCAUCUUUUCCAUCGCGAAAAAGCGGACUUUCAAAAGAAACUCCGUAACUUUGAUAAGGCAAAACUUCUUUUUUCAGAGGAUUACACGCGGCAGCUCCAUCGGUCAGAAGUGCAGAAUCCAGAGCCGGGGACCUAUCGCUUGGUUGUUUCCUGCUAUGACAAUAGCCUGACGUGCGAUUUUUCUUUAGUUGUCGCAUACUCCGGUAGAGAGGCUGUGAGUAUUGUGCCUGUUCCGCAGGCGCUCGGGACUUUUGUUCAUGAGUGUCUGUUCGAAUGGCGCGGUGCCAACCGCCAUAAACUUUACUUGCGCACGCGGCACGCGCAGGCGCGAGUCACUUUUCAUGUCCGAGCGCCCGCGCGAAACCUCCAGGAAUACAUUCCGGCAGUGCGCGCUUCGGUCUUCGACGCAGAAACACAAGAAAUCGUUGUGGUUACCAGCGAAUGGAACAAUAGCAUUUACGGCGUCUUCCUUGAGUGUGUUCUAGAGCAUGCUGAUAGGCCCUAUGUGCUACUCGUGGAACGAUUCGAAAGAGGUGACGGCCCGUGCCGAAUCACAGUGGGUAGCAGUGCGAAAGUCAUAGUGGAAGAAUUGAAGUAG